AUGCUGGGUUCUAUAGGAGGUUCAUCAAAAACUUUUCCAGCAUUACUAAUUACCAAACUGUUGACUGCAUUGCUAGCGAAAGAUGUCAAGUUUGUUUUCAAUGUGGAGUGCUUAAGAGCAUUCAAAUUGAUAAAGGAAAAGCUUGUGAGUGUUCCUAUUAUGGUGACACCUGAUUUGAGCCAGCCAUUUGAGAUAAUGUGUGAUGCUAGUGAUAUAGCUGUGGGAUCAUACCUGGUGGGGAGAAAAGUGAUUGUACACACUGAUCACUCAGCUCUGAAAUAUCUGUUGAGUAAGAAGGAGUCCAAGUCGCGUAUGAUGCAGUGGGUGUUGUUGCUCCAAGAGUUUGACUUGGAGACUAAAGAUAAGAAAGGCACAGAAAACCAAGUCGUCGAUCAUCGAUCUCGACUUGAGAGACCUCCGGUUGAAACAGUUGACGUAAGAGAAGAGUUCCCCGAUGAGCAGAUUUUCUCCAUUACUGCGGUCUCCGAAAGACCACCUUGGUAUGCUGAUGUAGCCAACUUUUUGGCUAGUGGAUGGUGGCCUCGUGACCUCUCUCGUGAUCAAAGAAAGAAGCUUCAGGUUGAGGAGAGAUGGCAAGAAUUCUUUCUCAUUACCAUGAUGGAGCAGAUGGAGGACACUAAUCGAACUGCAGCAAAGGUCAUGGAAGCCGAUUUCUAUUGGCCUACUUUGUACAAAGGCGCAUGGGCGUAUGUAGCUGCAUGUGACAAGUGUCAAAAGGCAGUCGUUGACUACGUCUCUAAAUGGGUCGAACCAAUCCUUACUAGGACCAAUGAUGCUUGGGUGGUGUGUGAGUUCUUACGGAAGAACAUCUUUACCCGCUUUGGGACACCUCAAGUGAUUAUCACUGACAAUGGGUCACACUUUGUGAACAAGAAGUUCGUUGCAUUGUUGUCUAAGUAUGGGGUCAAACACAAAAGAGGAACCCCGUACCAUGCCAAAACUAGUGGGCAAGUUGAAGUGGCUAACCGCGAACUUAAGCGAAUUCUUGAAAAGACGGUUAGUGAUUCUCGUAAGGAUUGGUCUGUAAAGUUGGAUAAAGCUCUAUGGGCGUACAGAACUCCGUUCAAAACAAUCACGGGGACUUCACCGUUCAAACUAGUGUAUGAAAAAUCGUGUCGCCUACCUGUUGAGAUAGAACAUAAAUCUUAUUGGGCAAUUAAGAUGCUUCAUCUUGAUCUUAGUCUUAUAGGUGAACACAGGUUGACGCAGAUGAAUACAUUGGAGGAGUUUAGACUGGACGCGUAUAAAAAUGCGUGGAUUUUCAAGAAAAAGACAAAAAUGCGGCAUGAUCGUCUGAUUAAGCCAAAGGAGUUUCAUGAAGGGGACAAAGUCUUACUACACAAUAGUAGACUUAGGUUGUUCCCCAGAAAAUUCAAAUCAAGAUGGACAAGUCCGUAUGUGGUGAAACAUGUCUCACCGUACGUCGCCAUUGAAAUUCAGAAUGAAGAAGGGAAUGAAAGCUAUAAGGUACAAUGUCUCGCCAUCCUAGCAAAUGUUCCAACACAGGUUCCUCCGAGGUUGCCUCUAGUAACCGUCGAGGAGGUUGUGCCAACUCAUGCUAGGAUGUGGUACCAGACCUUUGUUCCGACAGUGAGUCCCGACCCAGAAGUCGGUAUUGAUGAUGGUAAGCUCGCUAUGAAAUACUCGGGGAUUUACAACAACAUCAGAUACUUGGUUUUUGAAAGCUUGUUCCAUCCCGGUUUUGGUCAAAAUGAGGCAAGAAGCCAUAAUCAACUCAGGAAGGAGUUAAAUUUCCACAAGUUCAAAGCUGGGACCGGAGCGCUGACCGUGAUGGAAAAGAGCGGCCGCGUAAGGUCCACCGCUGAAGCGGCCACAAAUACGCGGUCUGCGGAAGUGAGAUUCAGAAAGGAUAUUUUGGGUAUAAUAGUGACCGCUGACCGCGAUGGAAAAGCGCCGGCCGCGGAAUACCUGACGCCGCCGCGGUGGUACAAUAUGGCUCUUAACAAUGAUGCUCCCGAAAAUUUGCCUUUGGGGGAGGAGGUAGAUGAUGAUAAUGUGGAUGAGAUUUAA